AUGCUCUCAACCACUCUAUGGAUGAAAUACUCCAUCUGGUCUCUACCUAUUAACAAGUCACCACUACAACAACUGACUCGAGACCGAGUGACAAUUCUAUUCUCACAACAACAACAACAUUACUCCACAAGAAGAUCAUCUUUGCGAUUAUUUCCUUCUACACUUGUUUGCGCGUUCUUACUAAUAUUCACGUUACUCCUCUUCCUAUCGCAUCACUCCGAGCUAUCCAUUCAGGCAUUUCCAAUUUGGAAGAACUGUUCAUUAGAGACUAUUGAUAACACGACCCCAUUACUUUCAUGUUCUUCCAUUACCUUGCUCAAUGAAACUACUCUCUACACUCGCUAUGAAUCAAGUGUUGAAUUUUCAUUGUUUUAUCAAUUUUUUGAUACCAAAAGUUUUGAAUUGUGCAAUGAACCACAAAUUUCAACAUUAUUUUCAAAAUAUAAUAUUGAGAGUUGUGAGAGUUUAUAUUGUCAAGAUUUUCCAAAGCUCAUUAAUCGCACGUCUAUGAAUGGUUCAAAUAGUAUUGAUAGUACUAAUGGCAUGGAUUUAUCAAUAUAUGUGAAACAAUAUUUAAAUGACACGUAUGGUGUCACUUCUCAAAGAAGUCAACAACGAGUUGUGAGUGAAUUUGCAUACAUGAUGAAUUAUUGUCAAUAUUGUAAGAGAUUUGAUUUUGUAGAAUUUCAUAGAAACAUGUCAUUGCGAUACAACUCUGCUUCGAACUCCUCCACUUGUUUCCAAUAUUCGAAAAAAUCUGACACUUUUUGUAAUUAUGGACAUUCGAAUGCAAUGACCAGAUUGAUGACAGGCGUGACCAAUUCUGGCUCGUUGGUAUCAAUUCCUGAUAAUGAUCUUCAAAUACCACUUCUCUAUGGAAAUUCUCUCCUGAUUCAACCCACCCUUAAUGCAUGGAUGUGUUAUUGUGGUAAUUCCAAAUAUGGAUUCAAAUGUGAUUACUUUUCCACAACUUUUAUUGGAUUUACCUUUCAAGCCUAUCCAGUGAUUGCAUUUGUAUUACCACUCUGUUUAAUUCUUGUAAUGAUCAUUAGUGUCAUUAUUCCAUCGUUUUAUAGAGGAAUUUUGAAGGUAAAGGAUCACAUGAAACAUCGAAUGGUUAAAUUCUAUCGAGGAUUCUAUGACGAAUUCUUUACAUUGAAUUGGUUGGCAUAUAUUUGUAUUGUACUUCACUUGGUAUUCUUAUCUUUGGAGAAUUUAUUUGCUUUGGCAACGAGUUCAAUGUUUCAAUUGAAAUCAACGAUGGGAUCUGGAUUUUUUAGAGCCAUACACUUGUUAUGGAUUUUUACCGCUCUCUUUUCCACUUUUGUGAUUUGGUUCAACUUGUUGAUGGGUGUGAACAAGUCAUCGAAAAGUGCAAAUCGUUCCAGUAGCAGCACGAGUGGAAUUAUUGUAUUGCAUCCUGCACUCAAAGUUCUAGUUCUAGUAUUUGCUGCACUUUUUAUUUUACUUUUAAUUUUGCCCAUUGUUUAUAUUGCCAUUCCAUCCAUUGCCAAGAUUUUCAAUUUGACCUUCUUUUCUUUAAGUCUUGCUAUUACCGUUCUAUUUGUGAGUGGAUUUUUUAUAUUUGGAGCUAGACUCUAUCUAUUAUUGAGAAAGGCAAAUCAUCUCUCCAUCUUUCAAAUCAAAUUUACAAGAGCCAUCAUGUUUUUAAUGUUUGCAGCAGCACUCGUGUUCAUUGAAAUGAUUUUAAUCAUGAUUGAAUAUGGAGCUGGACAAGUGGUAUUAGGAUUGUUUUAUCGAUCUGUGAAUUUCAAUACUUUGGAUGUUUCGUGUUGUUUGGUCACCUUAGGAAUGAUUUACUUGUUUACACCUUUCGAUGAUUUGAAGCAGUUGUAUUGCGGUGCAUGUUUGAAAAGGUGGAACGAUCGGAAGGAAGUAAAACAGGAACAAAAUUUGUAG